AAGUACGAGGCGAAGGCUACAGCAAAGGCAGAAGAGCGGCAACGUAUGAUCGGUGAGGAGACGGGGGUCGAUUUUGAGUCUGUGCAUCUAGCAGGGUUGGACAUGGCUGAGCUUCGAAGGGCCGCUCAGCCAGGUCUGACUCCAAGGGAGCUGGUCAGGCUAGGAUGGGCAGCAAAGAGAGGCCGAGAAGAGGAGGAGGCGAUGUUUGUGCGACUGGGCCAGAGCUUCGACCGGACGAUUUCUCGAUGCGAGCAGCGGAUCGGGCAGGUCCCCGUCGAGACGCUCUGCUGGUUGGCGAGCCGGGAUCCAGGACGUCCAGCCCCACAACCGUUCGAGCUAAAGCAGGAGGCUCGGACAAGAGAGAGGUAUCGCGCGUACUGGAGACAGUAUCUCUGCUACUGUGUCUGAGCGUAUCGUCUUGGCCGGUCAGAAGCGAGGACGAAGCGCCAUAUUCGACUAAGCGAUGCGCAGUGGCUAGCUCUUGUGAAUCUAGUCGACGCGCUUAGCAGCAGCGCAAGUAACAGAGGGGGAGGGCUUGUAGUUCCCGGGAACAUG